AUGCUUCUUCAAGAAGGUGACAGUGAUGCCCUGCUAGUUCAUGACUUCGAAAGUGCCCUCAGUGAGACUGUACAGGAAGAUCCCGAACUUGCCAGAAAGGGAUUUGGCUCGCGAAACUCGUUCAAGGGCAAGGGUCCAGUUUCAACAGACCAAGAAGGUACCGUAGUGACCGAUGCCAGCCUUGAGACGAUGGAUAGUUUGCCUCUAGAGUUUUUGCAGCUGCCCAGAUCCGAUGAAGCCGCAAUCGAUGAAGCCACUUUGUCCGAGCCCAGUCACCCAGUGAUGCACUCGAAAGUUGAAGUCCCAUGUCACACGCCAUCAGACGGUAGCAGUGAAGUCAGUGUGAAUCCAGUUUGCUUUGCAACUCACACAACGUUUGGUGUGUUGGAUCUAGGUGCAUCCAAGACGGUGAUCGGAUCUGAUCAUGUGAAAAGCCUGAUCUGCAGCCUGGAUCAGACUUCAAUUCACAUGCAGCGGUUGGUGAUAGCCCGGCGAAAGCACAACAUACGUCCGAUUGUGUCAAAACCGAACACCAAGACCCGAAAAGCCAUGUCCCUGAGUCAGCGCUUGAAGGGUUUGCAGAUGAAGUCCGAACCAAACCCAUCCGAUGUAGCUCAUCUGAGCAUCCAAGACCUCGAGAACGAGAUGGUGGAUUUCGGGAAGAAAAACUGCGGCCGCAGCUACAUGGAGGUGUGGAACACCGACCAGGAGCAACAGAUGCCUGUGGUGGUCCAGACGGGCCUAGGAUCGACCGAGGGUUCUGGCCGUGUCGUCAACCCACCAAGGGCCAAGGCCAACGUGAAGUUCCAGCCCAAGGCAAAGGCGGGUGUGGCUCCGAAUUCUGGCUACCAGGAGCCAACCCAUUUUCCGUUGUUGGACGAAGAGCUGCAAGAGGAGAUCGAGAUGUACAACUCACUGACUAUGGUGCCAUCUCCCCUGAGCCAAAGCCCGGAAUUCAGUGCCAUGCAGGAGCGCCUGCUGAAUCUCGAGAAUGCUCUGACCAAAGUGGUCAAUCACCUGGAAACCCAGGUCCGACAGUUGGGCCAUCAGGCAUUUCGUUUUGGUCUGGCCGAUGGUGAUCUCUCAAAGAUUGAAGGUCAUGUCCCAGUCUCCAUUUCAAAGGCCAUUCAGAUGGGCCGCGGGAGCAUGGAAAAGUUUCCAAAAUCCGCCUUGAGCAGUCCUGAGCCUCUUCAAGACAAGGAGGAGAAACCUUGUCGUGGCACUGAUCGCACUCUGGCACCACCGACUGGGACGAUGCCCAGCAUGGCUCCAUACCGAAAAUCAUUGAUGAUUAUUCGAUCCACAGCAGCGGUGAAGUUUGAGACUCAUUGGGAAAAGUGGCCUGAACUUUCGAACCGUCAACUAAUACGUCCUGCCCACAGUUGUCGUUUGAAUGUGACCAUGUUUGCCAAAGAUCAAGAGCCAACAAGCACCGAAGAGUCUCAGAGAUCAGACAGCGUAUCGCCGAGCAUCACUGUAGAUAGCCCGCCUCAAUCUGAAAGCACCACGAAGGAUGACGAAGCUCGUCCUGCAGAACCAACCAUCUCACUGGCUCCAGACUUGACUCCAAGCCAUCCAUCGGAACAAGUCAGCCAAAGCACCAGCGUUUUGAAGUUGCCGAAGUGGGAACGCCAGAAACUCAUGCAGAUUCAUAAGAACCUAGGCCAUCCUACCAAUGAAAGACUUGCCAAAGCUCUCCGAAAUGCUGGACAACGUCCAGAGAUGGUUCAGGAGCCUGACCAAUUGCAACCGAAAGGGUUUCGACACCUAUUGCAGCUUCGCGAGUCAGUAAGAAAGGCAUUUCACAUCGCUGACAACAGAGAAGAGAUCAAUAUUCCUAAUGAACCCGAUAGUCCCUAUAGCCCCUCCAUAGCCAGUGAUCGCCGUGAAAGCGACCCAAGUCUCUCAAGUCCCAUGGGACAGCCUGACCAAGAGCCAGAGAUCGAGAGUCGCCAGGUGUCACAAGCCCUGGAAGAACCAAAUGCCACCAAUGAUCCGGAAAGUCACGAUUUCCAACUUCUCUGUGUAGAAGAGGCAGAUGCACUCGGCACCAUCGAAUCUCAGGAUCUUGCUUGGAGAUGCGAGUUUGAUGUAACACUUCCUGAAAAUACCAAUGUGGAAAACCUGUCAUCAACAGAAGCAUGCAUUCUAUUGGCAACCAAUGCCAAGAAACAAAGAACAGAAGUAAGAUUGCAUGAGCUCAACAAGCAAGAGAGAGAACAAUUCGAACAAGCCAAGGCAGCCGAGGUGGCUAAUUGGAUCCAGACCAAGACCCUGACCAAGGCCGACCGAGUGAUGGCUGUGGAACCAGUUCCCGAGAUCCGCAAAGCAAUGCAGAUGGCUCCAAAUGAAGUAGGCCAGUUGAACAAGGGAGCUUAUGGUUUGAUCGAUGCGCCAUAUCUAUGGUACAAAGCACUGGUUGGGGAGCUCACUAGACUAGCAGAGACCACUUCCUUGGCAUCCGCCUUGGAUCAGAUGGCUUGGAUCCGACUGCAUUGGCGAUGGCUACACGAUCCAAAGGUGCAAUGGCGAGACCCAGACAAUGCCCUGCUUCAACUAGUACCUUGGUUUGAUCCAACGAGUGUCUGCAGACACUUGGCUCAGGCCGCCCUUUUGCAAGCUUUUUGGAAUAAGGCGAAGGGGAUGCCCCUGGGUGACUUCAGCUACUGGAUGAACGACAUUGAAAAUCAGAUCAAUACCUACUACUAG